GCGGGAAGCCAACGCUGGAACGCGCGGGCACGGGGCGCACCUCCCCGGUGAGCCAGGCAUGGCGGGCGCGGGCCCGGUGUCGAGUGUGCUGGGGCUGCUGCUCGUGUCGGCUCUGUUUGGGGCCCUGGGAGAGCGCCGCAGCCCCGAUCUGGGGGCACACCCAGAACGCCGCUCCCAGGUCGGUCCCGGCGCCACCGAACCCAGGCGGCGGCCGCCACCCAAGGACCAGCGCGAGCGGGCCCGGGCCGGAGCGCUGCCUUUGGGGGCGCUGUACACUGCGGCCGUCGUGGCUUUUGUGCUGUACAAGUGUUUGCAGGGCCCGGAUGAGGCUGCCAUUCUCCAAGAGGAAAAAAACAAGAAGAAAUCCUUGCAGUCAGAACAACAGCUGGUACAGUUGACGCAGCAGCUGGCCCAGACGGAACAGCACCUGAACAAUCUCAUGACCCAGCUGGACCCCCUUUUUGAGCGGGUGACUACUCUGGUUGGAACCCAGCGGGAACUCCUAAACAUGAAGCUCAAGACCGUCCACCAGCUCCUACAAGACUGCAAGCCUGGCACAGGUGUGCCAGGUCCAGAGGCCAGCGUACCGUUUCCUGAGGACGUGGGGCAAGAGGACCAACAAGAAGCUGAAGACAGUCAGGCCUGGGAGGGGCCCAUAAACUGGAGCCCAGAUUCAUGGAACCUAGCUCCUUCCUGGGAGGUGCAGCAGGGGCUGAGGCGAAGAUGGCCCAAGACUGUGACAGAGGACCCAGCAAUGAAGGGGGACAGCCACUGAAGGGUUAGUAAACCAAGUCACCUCGUCCUGGGUGCUCCUCUGUGCUUUUCCUGCUCCCAGCUGGUCAGACACAGGAAUAUGAGGUGCUGAAGCCAACUGGGCCUCCCAGAAAAGGUUCCCUUAUUAGGAAAAGAGAGAAUGCCUUCCAGAAUUCCUGAGGCUCCCGAUACGGCAGCCAUCAAAGCUCAAACGCCUUUUUCUUGUGGUUUAAACAGAAAGGUCUUUCCAAAAACACAAUAAAACAGCACUUUAUUAAAA